AUGGAACACCCGCUCUUUGGCUGCCUGCGCAGCCCGCACGCCACGGCGCAAGGCUUGCACCCGUUCUCUCAGUCGUCGCUCGCCCUGCACGGGAGAUCCGACCACAUGUCCUACCCGGAGCUCUCCACUUCGUCGUCCUCGUGCAUCAUCGCGGGAUACCCCAACGAAGAGGGCAUGUUCGCCAGCCAGCACCACCGGGGCCACCACCACCACCACCAUCACCACCACCACCACCACCAGCAGCAACAGCACCAGGCGCUGCAAACCAACUGGCACCUCCCGCAGAUGUCCUCCCCGCCCAGCGCGGCGCGCCACAGCCUCUGCCUGCAGCCGGACUCCGGAGGGCCCCCGGAGCUGGGCAGCAGCCCGCCGGUCCUGUGCUCCAACUCCUCCAGCCUGGGCUCCAGCACCCCGACUGGGGCCGCUUGCGCGCCGGGGGACUACGGUCGUCAGACUCUGUCACCCGCGGAGGUGGAGAAGCGAAGCGGGGGCAAGAGGAAAAGCGACAGCUCAGAUUCCCAGGAAGGAAAUUACAAGUCUGAAGUCAACAGCAAACCCAGGAAGGAAAGGACAGCAUUUACCAAAGAGCAAAUCCGAGAACUAGAAGCUGAAUUUGCCCAUCACAACUAUCUGACUAGACUGAGGAGAUACGAGAUAGCAGUGAAUCUGGAUCUCACCGAAAGACAGGUGAAAGUGUGGUUCCAGAACAGGCGGAUGAAGUGGAAGAGGGUAAAAGGGGGCCAGCAGGGCGCUGCCGCCCGAGAAAAGGAACUGGUGAACGUGAAGAAAGGAACCCUGCUCCCUUCAGAGCUGUCGGGGAUCGGUGCGGCCACGCUCCAGCAAACAGGGGACUCUCUGGCCAACGAAGACAGCCACGACAGCGACCACAGCUCAGAGCAUGCACACUUAUGA